AUGUCCAUUCUCACAAGCGCUAUACCAACUGAGAUAACUGAAUGCAGCCACAGAAGCAAUCUACCAACUGAGAUAGCCGAGUCGAGUGAAACGAGCGCUUUACGAACUGCGAAAUACGGGACCUGUGAUACAACUGCUCAACCAACUGAGAUAGCUGAGUGCAACGAUACAAGCGCUCUAGCAACUGAGAUAGCUGAGUCCGGUGAUACAUGCACUCUACCGACUGAGAUAGCUGAUUGCAGCCAUACAAGCGCUCUACCGAUUGAGAUAGCUGUGUCCAGCGAUACAACUGCUCUACCAACUGAGAUAGCUAAGUCAAGCCAUACAAGCACUGAACCAACUGAGAUAGCCGAGUCCAGCGAUACAAGCGCUCUACCGACUGAGAUAGCUGACUGCAGCCAUACAAGCGAUCUACUGACUGAGAUAGCCGAGUCCAGCAAUACAAGCGCUGAGAUAGCGAAAUCCAUCUAUACAACCUCUCUACCAACUGAGAUAGAUAAGUCACGCCAUACAAGCACUGAACAAACUGAGAAAGCUGAGUCCAGCUAUACAAGCGCUUUUCCAACUGGGAAAGCUGAGUCCGGCGAUACCAGCGCUCUACCAACUGAGAAAGUUGGGUCCAGCGAUACAAGCGCUCUACCAACUGAGAUAGCUGAGUGCAGCCACGUAAGCGGUCUACCAACUGAGAUAGCUGAGUCCGGUGAUACUAGCAGUCUACCAACUAAGAUAGCUGAACCGAGUAAGACAAGCAGUCUACAAUCUGAAAAAAGCUCAGUCCAGCGAUACAACAAGCGCUCUACUGACUGA